CUCGGAAGUACGUCAUCAGGCAGCGUUCUCCUGGCAACUGAGGCCGAGACGUGGAUGCCAGUGCCCUUACUUCCGGAGAGAGCUGUGGUUAUGGAGGCCCCACGUGUGUCAGCUCUGGCUGCUUUCAGACAUCUGCAGCAGGAAUCAUUGCAACAGACACAGGUAUUGAAGAAGGACAAGCAUGAUCGGCCAAAGCUAUCACAGAAGAACAAACUGGUAAAAAAGAAAAGGAGAUUAUCCGAGUCGGUGAAGGAGGGGAAUGCACGUAACAGUACUGCUAUUGAGCAUCAAAAUGGACUACAGGAUGAUUGCAGUAAUUCUAUCACAAAAAAGGAAAAAACACCAACCAAAAAGGCAAAAAAACUGAGGAUAGCUGCAGAAAAUGAAAACAUUACAUCAAAUCAGUUGGAGGGUUCGAGGAUCAGUGGCAAACCACAUACAGGACCUCCACUUAAUACUGUACUGCAGGAUCUGGGCAAGAUCCAUAACAGCAAGGCAAGAGCAGCCUCCUUGUUUGAAUGGCUGAUUUCACCUCUUGCACCAGCUGAUUUCUUCAGGGAUGUUUGGGAGCAGAAGCCGGUUCUAAUUAAGCGACACAACCACGAAUAUUAUGAUGGAUUAUUUUCCACUAAGGAAUUUGACAGGAUUCUCAGAGAAGAUAAUGUUCAGUUCGGUGUUAACCUGGAUGUGACUAGCUAUACUGAUGGCAACCGUGAGACCCACAAUCCUCCGGGACGAGCUUUGCCCCUAGUUGUCUGGGACUAUUUCAAGAAUGGUUGUUCUCUCAGGCUGUUAAACCCCCAGUCAUUCUGUGGCCCAGUGUGGAACGUCUUAUCAGUCUUGCAAGAGCUCUUUGGUAGCAUGGUCGGGGCAAACACGUACUUGACACCCGCAGAUACGCAGGGCUUUGCACCCCAUUAUGAUGACAUUGAAGCAUUUAUUGUACAACUGGAGGGGAAGAAGCACUGGAGGGUAUACAGUCCCAGGAACAGCUCUGAGUUUCUUCCACAGUUCUCAAGUGUGAACUUCAGAGACAGAGAUAUUGGAGAGCCCAUUCUGGAGACUGUGCUUGAAGCUGGAGAUCUCCUGUACUUUCCAAGAGGAUUUAUUCACCAGGGGGACUGUCUGCCGGAUGCACAUUCUUUACAUAUAACCAUCUCUUCUUAUCAGCGCAACAGCUGGGCAGAUCUCUUGGAAAAGAUUCUCCCUGCGGCACUGCAGGUUGCCGUGGAAGAAGAUGUAGAAUUCCGAAAGGGGCUCCCUCUCGAUUACCUGGAUUACAUGGGAGUACAAAACACUGACUUGGAAGAUCCACGGAGAGGCACAUUUAUUCAGCAGGUUCAGUCACUGGUGAAGAAAUUGGCUGGCUAUGCACCGGUUGAUGCAGCUGUAGACCAGAAGGCGAAGAAUUUCCUUCACGACUGCCUCCCACCUGUUCUGACACCCGUUGAGAAGUCUCACAGUGUACACGGAGCACCAGUCAUGUGGGACAAUGGACAAGUUAAAGAUGACACCAUAGAGUUAGAAGCAGACACAAAAAUACGCCUUCUACGGGGAGGCAUUGCAAGAUUGUGUAGUGAAGGAGAUGCCUGCCUGUUAUAUUUCUCUUCCAACAACUCCAGGAUAUACCACAGGGAGGAGCCAAAGUACAUGGAGAUAGCUGCUGAGCAUGUGGAGGCAAUAGAGUAUCUAAUCCAUUCUUACCCCAAAUAUGUGCCUGUGGGAAGUCUGCCCUGUGAUCAAGAGGAAGAUAAGCUUACUCUGGCGACUAUCCUGUUUGAGAAAGGCCUUGUGACUACCAGAGAACAGCUUAAGCCACUGCGGUAGUUCCAGUUGAUUAAGGGAGGAAG